AUGCCAAAAAGCCGUAUUGGACAAAUCGUUCGGUCCCCAUUCAUGAAAUUUCUCUACUAUUCGAUAUCGUUCAGUUGUUUCCUACUUCUGCUUACUCUGGCUACAUUUGAGAGCUAUCGAAGUGAAAAAGGGGAACGAAAGGGCGGUGGGACUACAAGAGCUUCAGAUCGCGGCCCACCACCAACGUUCAUAGAGUCGUUGGUGGUAGCAUGGGUUUUAGGUAAGGUUUUAUCUAUGGAUUUUAUUGAGCCAUAUCGAGAUCUACACAGCUAUAUGGACUAUCCACAUCGUUACUCGAUUCGAACCCAUUGGGAAGCCUACGAGCCGAUGUUAGUGGCUGAAGCGCUAUUCGCAGUUGGAAAUGUCUUCAGCUUUGCUCGCAUCAUCUAUCUGUUCCAAACCAACCCGUACCUCGGACCUCUACAGGUAAGAGAUAAGUGCGUUCAAUUGUAA